UUACCUCCUCAUGGAAGAUAGCCAACAACCACCUCUGCCGUACUAAGUCCAAGCUAUUGUUAUCACGGCCAUCGAACACCAAUAGCCAGGAACGCCACACAAGCGCACUCAGUCAACUGCAAAUCGAAAUUUUGCCMAAGGAAGUACGAAGUAAUUACGACGAGAUGAUCCACGGCCCGAGAUUCUACGGACAAUACCACGGGCACCCCAUACGAGACCUGGAAGUCCUGCUGCCCGCCCUACGGGAAGCAUCGGAUUCCCUGGUCUGGACCGCGGGGGAUUCUUCUCUCGACAACAAGUACUGGUUCGAAGACCUCCGGCCCGMGGUGGGAGCCUACCGGCGGGUCUUCGAACCCCCCGCCAGGAUGAAUGCAGACGUGACGUACUGGCUCAACUUCCUGGCCGAGGAGCGGGCCCAAGAGCAGGGAGCGCGGGCUCGGCCACGCUUGGCCGCCAUUAACACCGCCGUCGAAGCCACCACGGUGAACGAACGGACCCACCGGCUGCGGCCCCAGGACGUCUUCCUCCGAGAUAACAUACGAGCACAAGACACCCUGGUGGUCAGCAUCGGCGGCAACGACGUGGCCAUGAUGCCGAUGCCCUGCACAAUCCUAUCCGUGCUGUCUCUGGUGAAGAUGCCCCUGCGUUGUCUGGAGUCUGCCUCUUGCGUCUGCGCCUCGCCCGCCUGCGACGAGCACUGCCACGGAUGCGGCCCGGUGGCGCUGUCCUCGUGCGCCUGUGCCUUUCCGCCCUGUCUCGGCUAUGCGGUCCACCUGUUCGGGACCCGGGUCCAGAAGUACAUCGAGAAGCUAACGGCCAAGACCAAGCCCAAGCGAAUUCUGGUCUGCAUGAUCUACUAUCCCGACGAGGCAAUGACCCCGAGCUGGGCGGGCAACGCCCUGCGGUGCCUCGGAUACGACAAAAACCCCGCCACGCUGCAGUGGCUGAUCCAGCGCAUGUUCGUCGAGGCCACCUCGAAGAUACGGAUUCGAGGAGCGACGGACGUUGUCCCGGUCCCCCUCUUCCGCGUUCUCGAUGGCAAAGUCAGCGGCGAUUACGUAGCCCGGGUGGAACCCAAUAGCCGUGGGGGGAGGAAAAUGGCCGAAUACCUCUUAAACGUGAUUGAGCGACACGAAGAGAAUCCAUCUCUUCCUCCGCAAGAACGGCAUCGUGAUCCAUACCAUCCGCYAUCGUCGUCAACAUCUGUGCCYAUUGAAUCAACCUACAUGGUUGAUCGAAGUUAGUCCACUCGAUGCUAACACCAGCGAGUGAAUGAGUAGAAUGAAACAUGCGAAAAGGACGAUCUGGGAUUGAACAGAAUGAACAUAGGUGGUCAAAUUUCAUUGUGUAGAUGAAGUGAUAGCGCAGCUCCAUAUAAAGUGAUAUCCUCAAC